CAUCUCACAAGAAAUCAAAAGCAAGGUCAGUGACCUUUAGUUGAGUGUAGUGAUAAGCAAAAAAAUAUGGGUGCCAAAGCUCUCUUCUUCUUUGCUUUGCUUUGCUUUUCAGCAGCCUCUGCAUUUGCAGAGAAUGAGGAAGACCCAGGUCUUGUUAUGAACUUCUACCGGGAUACUUGUCCUCAGGCUGAAGACAUUAUUAAAGAGCAAGUCAAGCUACUGUACAAACGACACAAAAACACUGCAUUUUCUUGGCUGAGAAACAUUUUCCAUGACUGUGCUGUUCAGUCAUGUGAUGCUUCACUGCUGCUAGACUCCACAAGAAGGAGCUUGUCUGAGAAGGAGACAGACAGGAGCUUUGGCCUAAGGAAUUUCAGGUACAUUGAGGAUAUCAAAGAAGCUGUAGAAAGGGAGUGUCCUGGAGUUGUUUCUUGCGCUGAUAUCCUUGUUUUGUCAGCUAGAGAAGGCAUUGCUUCGCUUGGAGGCCCUUACAUCCCUCUCAAAACUGGAAGAAGAGACGGUCGAAGGAGCAGAGCAGAUGUUGUGGAGGAGUAUCUUCCAGACCACAACGAGACCAUCUCUGGCGUUCUCGACAGAUUUGCUGCCAUGGGUAUCGACACCCCUGGAGUCGUGGCCCUCCUAGGAGCUCACAGUGUCGGCAGAACUCACUGUGUGAAGCUGGUGCACCGUUUGUACCCAGAGAUUGACCCUGCGCUCAACCCCGACCAUAUUCCACACAUGCUCCAUAAGUGCCCUGAUCAAAUCCCAGACCCCAAGGCGGUGCAGUACGUGAGAAACGACCGUGGGACACCCAUGGUUCUGGACAACAACUACUACAGAAACAUCCUGGACAACAAAGGCUUGUUGAUUGUGGACCACCAACUGGCUUACGACAAAAGGACCAGACCUUAUGUGAAGAAAAUGGCCAAGAGCCAAGACUAUUUCUUCAAGGAGUUCUCCAGGGCCAUUACGCUACUCUCCGAGAACAACCCUCUCACCGGUACCAAGGGUGAGAUCAGGAAGCAGUGCAAUCUUGCAAAUAAGCUUCACUAAAAGGCUUCUUCGCUAAAGAGAGCUGAUUGUGGCCGAAUAAAAUGGUUGUUUCUUGUCCUAGUGACAAGUUUGUUUUUGUUCAGUGAUCAAUAAUGAUAUAAUGUUACUGGUAUGAUAUGAUCAAUUGCAGUUUUUAGGAUGGAUGUUAGUUAUGGGAGCUGUGGAUGUUAGGAUAGAUGAUGUAAUGUAUGUAUGUAUGUAAGGAUGGUGUUGACUGUUGAUUGUGUAUGA